AUGUCCAUUAUUUCCCCCUCUCUCGCCGCUCACACGCACGCACGCCCCGACACAGCCGACAGGCCGACAGGCCGACGACAACCGUCCGCGACAGUGGGGCCCGCUGCGUCAGUCUUCACUCUCUCGGCCGGUAUUAGCCAAUUCGAGGACCACGAUAAUCAGCUGAGUUCUGUCUGUCUGGUCUAA